AUGGCUGAAACCUCGCCUGAACCAUUGUCUCUUUCGACAGACAAUCAAGCGCCUCUUGUGGACCCAAAUCCUGAAAAUCCAAACACAGACUCUCCAACGUCUCCAUCUACUCAACAUAGUCUGCAAUCAUUUACUUCAAUCGAUGCUAUACCUGAACCGAAAACAUCCGCAAGCAUCGACUCUUCCAUACUUCAAGAGAUUGUAUCUGCAUCGCAGCAUGGAAAUAUAACAGUACUGCGUCAUUAUUUGGACCCAUCAAACACAUCACCUAUAUCUGCAAACAUAACAGACAGUAACGGGAUCACACUUGUUCACUGGGCGGCAUUGAACAACAGGUUAGAAGCUCUAAAGUACCUUGUAAGUAUAGGUGCAGAUGCGGAUAUACCGGCGGGUGACAUGGGUGCCACACCUCUACUUUGGGCGGUAAGAUAUGGUUUGGUUUACAUUGCAGACUAUCUUAUCAGAGAAACAAAUGCAGACGUUCAUAUCAAAGAUAAAAAUGGGAUAGGGAUACUCAUGGCCGCCGUAUUCUCAAGUAACGUUAUGAUGGUUGUCUAUAUAUUGUGGACGUUGAGCUAUAAACCUCAAGAUAUCGAUAUAACAGAUCCAAGUGGCAGAACCUCCUUACAUUGGGCAGCAUACCAGGGCGACUUCCUAACUGUUGAUGUUUUACUUUUGGCCGGUGCAAAAGUAGACAUUCAGGACUCUGAGGGAUUUACGCCGUUGCACUGGGGGUUGGUCAACGGUAGUAAAGCUGUUCUUACAUCUUUAAUUAAUGCUAAAAGCGAUAUUACUUUGAAAACAGGUAAUGAGAAAACAUGUUGGGAUAUAGCUGCAGAUAUGAAAAACUCAUCAACCUGGGCCACCGUUUUAAAAGAAACAGGUAGAGACCCUGUCAUAGGUAUGAAAAACGAAAAAAAGGUAUUGGGCAAGGAAUGGGCUCAUUUCCUUAUAUUCAUAAUGCCAUACUUUAUAUUACCUCUGACUUUGGACAUCUUCACAUCGGACCAUUCUGUGAUUAUGAAAGUUGCAGAGUUUAUCACCAUUUUAAUAGUACAUCAGGUCUCACUUAAAUUGGUUCUGGUUCCUUCUUUAGAACUCUCAAAGCCAUCACUGUUGAAAACUCCUUUGUUUGCAGGCUAUUUUUCAGCUACUGCUUACUGGUGUAUAGUCACCUGGCUGUUUAAAGUACUGCCAAACACAUAUGCAAAUAAUCCUUUUGAAAACAUAGUAUUUUUUUUUGGUGCAUUCCUUACGAUGUUGACUUUUUUCAAGGCAAUGAACAUGGAUCCUGGAUUCAUUCCUCAGGAAACAGAUCCUGGCACUAUUUCACAAACUAUAUUCCAGCUUUUAAAAGAACGAAAAUUUGAUUCUUUGAAUUAUUGUAUCUACACAAACAUUAGGAAACCACUUUUUUCCAAAUAUUCAAAGGAUAAAAAGCUGAAUGUUGCUCGAUUUGAUCACUACUGUCCGUGGGUUAACAACGAUAUAGGAAUUAGGAAUCACAAAGUUUUCUUUUUUUUUGUUUUGUUUCUUGAGCUAACUCUCACCGUUUGGCUGAAUUUGGCCCUGAAAUUUUUGAGUCUUUUUGAAACAAGUUCUUAUGCAUCUGCUUGUAACUACUUGCCAAAUUCUUUAUGCCAAGCUUUCAAUCAUUCCCCAUUUGUUUUCAAUUUAUUGAUUUGGUGUUCGUUCCAACUUAUGUGGCUUUCGCUUUUAUUUUUCCUUCAAAUUAUCCAAAUAUCAAAAGGCUUGACUGCUUACGAGUUCUCAAAAGUUCACAACCAUAACCACAGCACUCCUGAAACUUCAUUUUCUUCUGUCCCUGCAGAUGAAUUUAAUAAAGUUAAAGAUCAAGAAAGACAGCAAGAUACCAGUACUAUAGGUCUCAAUGGUCACGUUGAUGACAAUGCUAUUGAUAGUGGUGAUGAGAACUUGGCAAUUCCCCAAUGUGCCUGCCUUUCGUCCUUAUCCCGAGGUACUUCAAGCGGUAUUUUUGCUUCGAGAUUUAUUGCUCUUCCUAUUACACUGGCUUCCAGAAUAAUGUCGUCUAAGUUUUGUAAAAUGGUGGGUUUGGAGCAAGUGAUGGUUUUGACAACUGAUUUAGUCAACCAUGAGAAGGAUAUCAGUCAGCAAAAUAAGCUUGACUUUGGUCUGAAGACAAAUUGGCUUGACUUUCUGUUCCUUAGAAGAACCGGUGAUGAAUAUUCGUUCAGAACCUUAACCGCAUUGCCCAUCAAUGGUGAAGGAAACCUUAAUGGCCGAUUAGUGGAUUACUACACGCUCUUUACCUUACCAGAAUUUGUAUAG